GAUCCCCGGAGGCGGGAGGGGGCGGCGGCGCUGCGGCUAGGGGGAGGAGGAAGGGCGGCCGGCGCGCCCGGGGGGUGGAAGAGGAGGAGCGCGUCCCGACCGGCCGCGAGGGCAGGCUGAGAGGGGAAGAAGUCCGCCGCCAGCGGCGGCGCCGCGAGGGAGCAGGCGUCUACCUGGGAGCAGAAGUACGAGCCCUGGAUACCCAGCUUGAUGCAGGAGCGGUUGUGCGAUCAGAUCGAUCUAAGAUGGCGACUGUGGAACCGGAAACCACCCCUACUCCUAAUCCCCCGCCUACAGAAGAAGAGAAAACAGAAUCUAAUCAGGAGGUUGCUAACCCAGAACACUAUAUUAAACAUCCUUUACAGAACAGAUGGGCACUCUGGUUUUUUAAAAAUGAUAAAAGCAAAACUUGGCAAGCAAACCUUCGGCUGAUCUCUAAGUUUGAUACUGUUGAAGACUUUUGGGCUCUGUACAACCACAUCCAGUUGUCUAGUAACUUAAUGCCUGGCUGUGACUACUCACUUUUUAAGGAUGGUAUUGAGCCUAUGUGGGAAGAUGAGAAAAACAAACGAGGAGGACGAUGGCUAAUUACAUUGAACAAGCAGCAGAGACGAAGUGACCUGGAUCGCUUUUGGCUAGAGACACUGCUGUGCCUUAUUGGAGAAUCUUUUGAUGACUACAGUGAUGAUGUAUGUGGAGCUGUUGUUAAUGUUAGAGCUAAAGGUGAUAAGAUAGCAAUAUGGACUACUGAAUGUGAAAACAGAGAGGCUGUUACACAUAUAGGGAGGGUAUACAAGGAAAGGUUAGGACUUCCUCCAAAGAUAGUGAUUGGUUAUCAGUCCCAUGCAGACACAGCUACUAAGAGCGGCUCCACCACUAAAAAUAGGUUUGUUGUUUAAGAAGACACCUUCUGAGUAUUCUCAUAGGAGACUGCGUCAAGCAAUCGAGAUUUGGGAGCUGAACCAAAGCCUCUUCAAAAGCAGAGUGGACUGCAUUUAAAUUUGAUUUCCAUCUAAAUGUUGCUAAGAUAUAAGAGAAGUCUCAUUCGCCUUUGUCUUGUACUUCUGUGUUCAUAUAUAUUUUUUUUUAAUUUUGGCUAGAGUGUCCACUAUCCCAAUCAAAGAAUUACAGUACACAUCAUCCCCAGAAUCCAUAAAUGUGUUCCUGGCCCACUCUGUAAUAGCUUAGUAGAAUUACCAUUACAAACACAUUUUACCCAUCCACAAUAUUCAAAAAAGAACUUGCAUUUCUGUACCUUAACAGGAAAAAAAUUCUGUUUAUGUUCCAUUGUAUGCAGGAGCAUAUUUUGCUGGUUUGAAAGUAUGAUGCAUACAGUUUUCUAGCAAUUUUCUUUGUUUCUUUUUACAGCAUUGUCUAUGCUGUACUCUUGCUGAUGGCUGCUAGAUUUUAAUUUAUUGUUUCCCUACUUGAUAACAUUAGUGAUUCUGAUUUCAGUUUUUCAUUUGUUUUGCUUUUGUUUUUUUCCUCAUGUAACAUUGGUGAAGGAUCCAGGAAUAUGACACAAAGGUGGAAUAAACAUUAAUUUUGUGCAUUCUUUGGUAAUUUUUUUUGUUUUUUUGUAACUACAAAGCUUUGCUACAAAUUUAUGCAUUUCAUUCAAAUCAGUGAUCUAUGUUUGUGUGAUUUCCUAAACAUAAUUGUGGAUUAUAAAAAAUGUAACAUCAUAAUUACAUUCCUAAUUAGAAUUAGUAUGUCUGUUUUUGUAUCUUUAUGCUGUAUUUUAACACUUUGUAUUACUUAGGUUAUUUUGCUUUGGUUAAAAAAUGGCUCAAGUAGAAAAGCGGUCCCAUUCAUAUUAAGACAGUGUACAAAACUGUAAAUAAACUGUGUACAGUGAAUUGUCUUUUAGACAACUAGAUUUGUCCUUUUAUUUCUCCAAGGAAUUGUACCUCUUAUUGCCAGGCAGUCUCUAUUGUGUCUUCUUGUAGUGUCUUCCACCUGAACAGCAUAAGUUUGGAGCACUAGUUUGAUUAUUAUGCUUAUUAUAAUUUUUAAUAAAUUGAAUAGGUAGCAUAUAUAUGGAAUUA